CUUACCGUUCACCACAUGCAUGUCAUAACGACAGCAGGGUGUGCAGUUCGGGAAGCCUGUGGUGCUAAUGAUGACCGCUGACCUCCAGGGCAACGUGCUUUUGCCAAAAUGGCGCUCGUUCCUCGUGUUGGAAUUGUGCUAUUUUUCAUCCUGUUUUUGCAAGACAUAUGGGCAGAACGAAUGCACAACACACUCAACAUGCCACAGUUAUUAUUACCAUAUGCAGCAAUAGGCUCAGAUCCCGUGAAUUUUACGCUGAAAGCCGAUGACGGCUGUUACUCUUGGUCUUCUAACAGACCCGAUGUAGUGACAGUUGAACCACUUUAUCUGGAUUUUGAUGACGAGAAUGCCAAGCCAUAUGGGAAGCAGUGCUCAAGGUCGGCCAUUGUGACAGUACAGAGGAGACAAUCAGAAAAACAAAUGGCAGAAGUCAUUGCUGAGGAAGAAGUGACUGGUCUGUUACUUGAGUGUGAUGUAUUUGUGGCCAAAAUAGAGAGAAUUGACAUCACUUCCACAAGUCGUGAGCUGUUCCUUGGGGAGGCCCCCACUGUUCUGGAGGUACAGGCUUUUGACGCUGAAGAUAACAUGUUUUCUACUCUUGGGGCUUUGGCCUUCACUUGGGAUCUGAUUACUGUGGAUGGCCCGAGUUCUGUUAGUGCUAACUCUAUUAUCAGAAUUAUGUCAUUUGAAGAUUCAACAUAUGAGACAACACCUGAGAUAUAUGGUCUAGAAGCCAGGAGCUUGCGCGGGAGUGAGGUUAUUAUUGAACCCAUAAACACUGGCACUGCCAAGGUCAGGGCUAAAUUGAGAGAAAGCAUUUUUGAGGAUGUGAAGCCAUCAACAGUGAAGCUGGUCGUAUUAGACAAAGUUCUUCUGAGACCCGCCUAUGACAUGUAUAUUAUGAUAAACACAUGUGUCAAGUACACUGUUGUCAGGCUGCGUCAGGGACAAGCGACAGUACUGCAAAUGCCAUCACCUCAAUUCCAGUUUAAACUGAUGGACAAUGAAGCUGGAUACCUCGAUGUUCAGAAGUCGAGUGUUACUGGCAUCAAAGAGGGAGUGACCAAGAUAGUGCUUGUGGACAAAAAUAUGGUACACGUUGAAGCAAGCCACCAGCCCACGGCGACACUCCAUGUAGUCGGGCCUGCCUAUCUUGGGUUUAGUAUAGUUUCUGAUAGCAACUGGGUCCUUGAAGUGGGAAAAACUUAUGCUGUUUCUAUUCAGCUUUAUACAAAAGACAACCACAAGAUUUUUAUGGCUGAGAAUAUUGAAAUCAAAGCUACAUUCAGUUCCAACUUUGAUGUUCUCUGGUCCUCAACAAAUGGCAGCUAUCAUAUAAUCAAAGCAAAGUCCAGUGGAAGUACUGUUAUCGACGCGGCCUACACUAGCAUUAAGAUCGGUGGUGGCUGCAGUAUGCCGAGUCAAGUGGCUGAUGAGGUUGUCCAGUUCAAGGUGCCCAUCUCAGGUCAACAAGUCGUAGAGAUAUUUGACCCUGUGGUUGUCAUCCCUGAAGAGUUAGUCUUCCCCUGGCAUCCCCAGAUGGAGCAACGAGUACUGGCUGUCCACCAGUACCACUACCAACUAAAGGCCGCGGGAGGCAGUGGAUCCUAUAUAUGGACCUCCUCCAAUGCAUCUAUAGCUUCUGUUAACACCAAGGGGAUUAUUAUGACCACAACCAGCAUAGGCCACACCCAGGUCAAGGCAUCAGACACGAAGAACAUGGACCACUUUGGAACUAUGGAGGUCUAUGUCCUUCCUCCAAGUAAGAUGAACUUCAUCCCAUCAGCGGUGGAAGCAGAAGUUGGUAGCAGACUGUCUUUGCCGUUAGUUGUGGCAGCCCUUGCAAAAAGAGACUCCCAAGACUUUCAUACAUUUUCUGACUGUAAGGCAUUGCCCUUGACCUUCAGCCUGUCUGAUUCGUCUAUAUUCCAAGUUAUUGAAGAUGAAGCUGAUUAUGAGGUCGCCCCUGGCAGCUGCAUGUCUGUUCGUCUCCUGGCGCUAAGAGUUGGUUUUACAACGCUUACUGUUACAUACCAGUACAAGAGUAUUGUGCUAAAGGCAUCCAUCACCAUAGGCUCCUACAAUCCUCUCAAGGCAUUGGACCCUAGUGAUGUUGCUGUGGUGACAGUAGGAGCUGUCAAGAACAUCAUGUUGAGUGGCGGCCCAUUGCCCUGGAUUCUUGACACGUCUGGAUAUUAUGAGAAAGUGAGAGCAGAAAACCCAGAUAUUGUAGAAAUUGGUGAUGGCCACACAAGAGACUACUUUGUCGAAACCUCUGGGUCGUACCAUUUCUUCACUGUCCUUUGCCAAGAGCUGGGAGAGCAGGUGUUGACUGUUGAGGUCGGUAAUAAACCAACGGCCAAGAAUCUUUAUCCUGCUACGGCUCAAGUAAAUAUUAGGUAUGCCUGUGCACUGCCAUCGUCACUGACAAUUAUCCCAGAUAUCAGGCUCCCUGUGGUAGACGGCAGACAGCUCACUCCAGAGAACUGUGUCAGCUCCAAUAAAGAGAUCCAUGUGAAGAAUGACCAAGAUCUUAGACUGUUGCUGAAUGUCCGAGAUGCCAAGGGGCGGUUGUUUGAUAACAUCACCUCCCUGUUUGUGACAUGGUCCAGUAGUAAUAGCAAGCUUGCGGCAUUCACUGGUCCUGCUAGAUCAGUACAGGUCAUGUUUAUUCGAGAGAAAGACACGGAGGACGUGAGGCGAUCUGUUUCAUACCAAACAAUCCACCUAAGCGACAAGAUAGGGGCUGUCACCAUUAAGGCUUCUGUUGAUGGCUAUGACUGUGACAUUCUCCGCAAGUGUCAUACUCAAGUAGAGUCUCCAGAUAAAAUUAUCCUUUCUGGUCGCCUGAAGCUGCUUCUGGUUCCUGAAAGGACGAUCGACCCCCCGUCUGCAUCUAUUCUCAACCAUCCAGACAACAAGGUGUUGUUGCGAAUCAAUGGUGGAUCAGGCCACUUCUCCAUCAAAGGCAGCGAGAGCUCAGUUGCAAGGUUAACCUACAGUGGCAAUAGAGAGAUCUUGGUUAGCCCACUAAAUGAGGGUUUGCUGACAACCAUGGUCUAUGAUCUCUGCCUGGAUUCUCCCCACCCUGCCUCUGUCAGCAUUCAAGUGUCUGAUAUUUACAAAGUUGAAGUCAAAGUGGUGAAUAAGAUCGAGCUUGGGUCCACUGCGCCACUCAAGAUCCAACUGCUGGAUAUGUUUGAUGUGCCAUUACUGCUAGGUAGCUUUGGCUUUAUACAGCUAACCCCACAAGUCAAUCCUAACAUCUUAAACCUGAGGCAGGACAACAGUCAGAAUGAUGAUAGUCCUAAUAAGGAGGUGUCCUAUUUCAUCAUGCAUGGUAUUGUCCUCGGCACCGCAAGCCUUACAUUCACUGCCACAUCCAUCACUGGUCGCACGGCAACCAGCGAGGCCAAGGAUGUACAGGUGUUUCCGCCACUUCGUCUGGACCCCAGGGUUGUCACCCUUUUGCCUGGUGCGACUUUUCAGGUCCGUGCUACAGGAGGGCCGACGCCACAGUCUACCACGUCAUUCAAUAUCGGCAACCAGACUGUGGCCACAGUUAGUAGUGUUGGGCUCGUUAAGGCAGAGAACCUGGGGGUUACCAACUUGACGGGGAUGGUGCUGGCUUCUGACGCAGAACAAGGACACACUAUCACUUACUCCAAGGAUGUUGUGAUGGUACAUGUUGUUCAGCUUGGUGGAGUUCGCAUCUCGUCAGCAACAACUAAUCUUGUUACAGGUACACAGGUCAGCCUUUUUGCCACAGGCUGGAUGGAUGAGUCCCCCUUUGCAUUUGCAAAUGCUGUUCCUGGACUUGUAUUUAACUGGAAAUCAAACAAUCCAGAUGUCUGUCAUCUCAAGUCUACAUAUCACCUGAGUGGCAUAUCCAUUGAGAAUGAGCGGGAUUUCCAUGUCGAGUUGCACUGCACCAACCCUGGGCAGACCACCGUGCACCUUAGACUUGAGGUCAAAGACCCCUUGGCUGGACAAGUGAAGACUACUGCUGUAUUGAACGAUGAUGUCACCUUCCAGGUGUUUCAGCGGCUUGAGCUGGUAUUCCCAGCCAAUGGUUACUUGCUCCUGCCACACAAUGUGAACACAUGGAUUAAAACAGUCAGAGAUGGGUCAGCGCGCAUCACCUAUGAGCUCAUCACAGGCUGUCCCCAGAGGCUCCAUCUAGCUGCUGCCCCCUCCAUCCUAGCUCUGGAUAAAAGUGGUCGCAUCUCGACCAGUACUGUGUCUGGUACAGCGGUAGUACUUGUCACAGUGCAUGAGGAGUUUGGCAUCAAUCAGACUGCUGUGGUGCAUGUCGAGGUUAAAGCAGUCUCAUCCCUGUCCAUUACUAGCCAAUCAGCUGUGCGUGCAACAUCUGAAAAGCUCCACUCGUUCCCACUUGGAAUGAAUGCGCUAUUUGUUGUUGUGCUGCACGAUAACAUCGGGCGGAAGUUCCAUUCCACAGGGAUCCCACUCAAGCAUCGCCUCAACAGGUUCGAUGCUGUACACAUUUUGCCAGGUCCUGAAAAUGGGACAUUUUAUGCUCGAGCAAUGAACACCGGAGAAGCAAUAUUCACUGUUUGGGAUUCUAGCUCACCAAGUGUCACUGAUUACAUUCGCAUCCGUGUGGAUCAUGGCCUGACUCCAAUCACGGCAACUCUGCUGCUUGGUAUGGCACAACAGUUCCAAGCCACAGUCUGGGCAGAAGGCCAAGUUGGAAAGUGGUCCUCAUCUCAACCUGACAUUGUCACCAUCGACGCCAAGUCGGGUGUGGCAUUAGCCCUGUCUUCAGGCUCCACCACCCUACUCUACCGCAUCCCGAAUGUCUUCUCAGCACAGACUGAGGUCAAAGUAGACAGCAUCUCACACAUCCGAGUCAACUAUGAUAACAAAAAGAUUUUGACAAAUGUGCCGCAGAAGGGUGACCAGGGGUACAUCAUACCCGUCUUGCUAGGAAACCAUCAUCAUUUAUCUGACAGAGCAGCACACAAGGGGCUACCAGAAGGGGUAGUCCUAUACGAAAGCCUAGGACCACUUGUUCAACGCUCCAUGACUUGCAGCCUCCGCUUCAGUCACGACCAGGGGUCUGUCGGCGCCAGUGAGCUAUUUGACGCGAAACCUGCCCUCUAUAAUGGAUCUCCUGUGUGUUACAUCGUCCCACGUCAUGUUACUGCCUCUGUAGCAGCCGCUGCCUCUCUCUUGGACUCCCAGCUAAGCCUUGUUGUGAAGAUCUGUGAUAAGGCUCAUGAUAGUGUGGUCUCAUCGGAUGCUGUGACGCUGCCUUUUGUGCCCGCAUUCAGGCUGAGCACCCUUUCAUUGGUACUUGGUGGGGAGGGUAAUGUGAAGAAGACAGUCACAGUGCAUGGAGUGAGAGCUCAGCUGAAUGCUUUAUUGUUUGAUGUGCAUGUAAAAGGAAUCCUCAAAAUAACCCGUAUCCCGUCAGACGACGAGCAGCAGGCAGUGUACUCCAUCAGCUUGGAUGGCUUACAGGACAUGUUUGCAGAUGUGCCAGUUGACUUUACCAGCACGCUCACAGGACAAAAAGCCACAGUGCUCAUAUCCUACAAGAGAUCCUCUGCCAUGCCUGUACCCAUGAUCACAUGCCCAAACCCAGCCGAUCCACGUUGUCCAGACACAGACAAGUUUGUCGGGUGGAAACGACUCUUCUUUGCGCUACUUGGAGAGACAAGCGCCUGGUUUAUUGGUCUAUCUGUCAUUAUUGGCCUAAUAAUCCUGCUAUUCAUACUCUGCUUUGGAGAUCGCUCAAGGCGCCAACCGCCUCCUGCACCCUAUGGGUCGCCAUACAUUCCCAGCCCGUACCCAGGUAGCCCUUAUGAUACUACAUAUGGGGCGUCGUAUGGAGGAGGUACCCCAUACGGCACAGGCAGCCCUGCAGUGGAUGGGUCAGGUAACCCACGCAGACAUAUGAUGAAGACUGAGGUGCGGCAUAGAGUAACCAAGACAGCGUCCGAAUCUGAUGAUAUCCGUGGGUCUCCAGGGUCAACUUCUCUUGGAGACUUCUCACCUGGCUAUAAUAGAGGAUUAUACAGUGUUACACAAUAACAUGGCGCCUAUAAAUGGUUCUGCAGUAAUACCAUUAUGAACCCUGCUGUCUACAAUACAAGAGAUAAUUCUGAAAAUAAAUCCUCACAAAGAAUUCCUCAAGAAUCUGAUAUGGUAUUUAUAUUCAGAAAGAAAAACAUUCUGAUGCAAGAUAUAGAAUUUUCAUAUAUUGCUGCUAUACUAAUAAUUUUCCAUAAUAAGCACCCACAAAACAUUGUAACAUGCAAGUGUACAUACUUUCUCUGGUUAACACAUAGAUAGCAACAUAAGUGAUAAACAUAGAAAAUGGGGACCUCUCUCUCCCUACAAAAAUAAGUAAAUAUAUGUUGCUGGUUAACAAGAAGAACAGCCAUUUUCAACUGUACCGUUCACAGUGCGAAGUAAAUCCCAGUAUAAUGUAAGUGUGUGGAAUCUCGACUCUUGCAAACUAUUAGAUAGGUUAGAACUUGUUUUAUUAUACACAGAUACUGGUAGAUGUGACUCAUGGAAAGUGUAGAGUCAUAGAGUUUGUAUGAGUAAAACAAAUAUUUCACCAGAUUGAUGACACACUCACUUUUGCUCAUAAAAACUCUCUUGGUUACCCACACUGGUAAACAUUUUGUUUACUAAACUCUGUGUAACACUAAGAAUCUUUCCCUGUGUUUGCUAAGAUUUCCAUCUAGUUUGAGUGAUAUUUUAUCAUGUAAAUGGUAAUUAUGUAAAGGGUAUUGGUUAAAUUAUUUUCAUGCUGUAAAAUAGUCAUUUAUAGAAUAAUGUCUAUCAAGCCUAGUGUAUGCAUAAUAAACUACCUCAAACAAUAAAAUGGCUACUUCAGAAUAAAUGUCUUUAUUAAAAAUACUUUGCCAUAAAA